GUAUAUCAAAUCAAAUAAAGUAUGCUAAGAAGAAAAGCGUGAUCGAAGGUGAUGCUGGCAGUCAGAGCAGAGACUGUCUCAGGAUGGUGCUGAUUGGGAAGAGUGACAGCAGUAGGAGUGCAACUGGAAACGCCAUUUUGGGCCGAGAGCAUUUUAAACCCAGUGAGGAGUCUGUCGCCAAGGUUUGCCAGAGAGCAUCAGGACAGAUUGAUGGACAGCCUGUCACCGUGGUGGACAUCCCCGCAUUGUUUGACACGACUCUGUCUGAUGAUGACAUUCAACAAGAGAUCAGUAAGUGCUUCAGAAUGCUCUCUCCUGGCCCUCAUGUGUUUUUACUGGUGCUGAAGAAGGAGUGCUGUAAACAAGAGGAAACAGACACCGUGGAGCUGAUCAAGAAAUAUUUUGGUAAGACGUCAGAAGAUUUCAUCAUCAUUAUAUUCACCGGAGGAGAUGACCCGGACGAUCAGCCAUUUGUCAACCAACCAAUAACUGACUGUAGAAGGAGAUACACGGUUUUCAGUAACAGAGAUGACACAUGUCACACAGACAUCAGAGAGCUUCUGUCCAUAGUCAAGAGCACGGUGAAGGAAAAAGGUGGCUGCUACACCACUGAGCUUUGGCGAGUGGAGAAGAUUCUGAAAGAGAGGACAGGAGAGUUGAAGAGAAAGGAUGAGGAAGUCAGGACCCUCAGUGAAGAAUUGAAAACACAGAAAAAGACAAUCAAAGAACUGCAGGGAGAAACUGAACAGGAGAAAAAUCUGAGCGCAAAACAGCUCAAGGAGAAAGAUGAAUGUAUCAAGAAAGAGCGCGAGGAGAGAAAGAGAGAGCAGGAGGAAGGGGAAAGAAGACGGAAAAAACAAGAAGAAAAUCACCGACAGGAUCUUAAAAGAAGAGAGGUUACUUCCGAUAAACUAGUUAAAAUAGAAAGGGAGCAGAAGGAAAAUGCUGUCAGGAAGUUUGAGCAGUACAGAAAAGAGGUGAAUAGAGAAAGAGAAAGAGAAAGAGAGGCUUGGGAGAAGGAAAGAAAAGACAUGUGGGAACAAAUGCAUCAGGAGGAUAAACAGAGCCUGGAGAAGCUUGAAAAAAACAACAGAAAACUCCAAGAAAUGUACAAGUUCAAGAGAAGAACAUUUACAGGUGUAAUGUUUGUGCUGUCAAUGUUUAUGCUUUUUUUUAUUAUGUUAUGUAUUUCUGCACUAGUUUUACAACUGGCUACUGUGAUCAAGGGUUCAGUUUUUACAUUUAUGGCCCAAUAGAUGAUCUUUGAACUCAUCUUUGAACUCAUGACUGACAGUGAUUCAGUGAAAUACAUUACAGACAACAGACAUCGACCUGCCUUCCAGCCCCAUGACUGACAACACAAAUAGGCAAUGAAUGAUAUUGUGUAGAAGUGUGUAGAAAUAGGAACUUCUCACCUGACAAAUGUUAUGAGAGCAUAAGUCAGAUCUUUUAAUACUGGUUAAGGAAGAUACACUGACUGCACAGACUGUGACUGGAUCAACAAGACUUUAUAUUCUGAUAUAAAAAUGAAUGUGGAUCUCAUUAUCUCAUGCAAAAUGUCUUUUUGUUUUAUUUUGUACAUUGUAACUGUUCUGGCUUUUGCAUGUUUGUACCGGUGACUGGGACCUUGUUUGAUUCCCUGCUGAGCAGUAUCUGAUUAUUAAAGCACGCUUGUUGGCAAAUCUGA